UGUCUCUAUCGUUCAGCCAAUGAGAUCGCAGCGAGCUAGGAUUUAAACCAUCACUGCUGAGUUCCUACCCAAGCCAAGCGCUCCUGGCAUUUCUAUUCUUCGCUUGUUUCCUGCAACCACGCACAUUUUACAAUGGCUCUUCGAGUGACCAGAAACCGUCUCGCUUCCACCAGGACCGAGCAGCUCGGCGGCCUGAAGGCCUGCUCGGUGACCGGGCCCGGACUGAAACCUCGGGCUGCGCUGGGCGAGAUCGGAAACAUCGCAGCUCAAAAAGAGACUCUGAACAAGAACGUUAAGAAUGUGGUGGCCAAGAAGAAAAAGGUCGCUGAAAAAGACGAGAAGGCCGAGCGGCCCAAACCAAGUGUUGCUGUUGAGAAAGUGCCUGAAGUGCCGGUUCCACCUGUGACUAUGUCUCCCACCCCAAUGGAGACCUCUGGCUGUGAGCCUGCUGACCUCUGUCAGGCAUUUUCAGACGUUAUCCUCGAAGCCGCUGUCAGGGACGUUGACGCAGACGACUAUGAUAACCCCAUGCUCUGCAGCGAGUACGUGAAGGACAUCUACAAGUAUCUCCGUCAGCUUGAGGUUGAACAGAACGUCAGGCCCACCUACCUGCAAGGUCAGGAGGUCACCAGUAACAUGAGGGCCAUCCUCAUUGACUGGCUGGUUCAAGUCAGCAUUAAGUUCCGGCUCCUGCAGGAGACGAUGUACAUGACCGUAGGGAUUAUUGAUCGCUUUCUUCAGGACCAUCCAGUCCCCAAGAAGCAGCUGCAGCUGGUUGGAGUGACGGCCAUGUUCCUCGCCUCAAAGUAUGAAGAGAUGUACCCACCAGAGAUCUCAGACUUCGCCUACGUGACUGACCAGGCCUACACCACCGCCCAGAUCAGAGACAUGGAGAUGACCAUCCUGCGGGUGCUGAAGUUCCAGCUCGGCCGUCCCGUGCCCCUGCAGUUCCUCAGACGGGCCUCAAAGAUCUACGAGGUAACGGCGGAGCAGCACACCCUGGCAAAAUACCUCCUGGAGCUCAGCAUGAUCGACUACGAGAUGGUUCACAUGCCUCCCUCUAUGGUUGCCAGUGCUGCUCUGGCACUCACACUGAAGGUCCUGGAUGCAGGAGAGUGGGAUAUAACUCUGCAGCACUACAUGAACUACACAGCAGAGAGUUUGAUUCCUGUUAUGGCGCACAUUGCCAAAAACGUGGUUAAAGUGAACGAGGGCCUGACGAAGCACAUGACCGUCAAAGGUAAAUACUCCACCUCAAAGCAGAUGAGGAUCGCAAACAUCCCUCAGCUCAAGUCAUCAGUGGUCAAGGAUCUUGCGAAGCAGGCUGCUCUGUGAGGACUACCUGCAGCACACAGUGCUGGCUUUUGUACAGUAAUUUUGAUUUUUAAAGACUUUUAAAUGCAGCUGGACAUUUUUUGUUGGACUCUCGUUCAACCGAGGAGAAUUUUAUGCCUGAAGUGACUAUACUAAAGUUGUGACCCAGCUCCUAAAUUGAUCCUAAUUCAGUUGGCUGUCUCCCUACAGUACACUAUCUACAUCCAUGAUGCACAGUUUGCAAGCCAACUGAAAACUUGCAUGUUUCACUUGAAUACAGAACCUCGAGGCUUGUGGCACAACUUCAGGAUGGUCUGUUAUGUCCACUGACUGUUUUAAGACUUAUGUUGGAGUGACAUUUUUGUAAAAUGUACAGCAAUACUUUUAUUUGACUUUUAUAUUGAAUGUGAUGUUUCAAACUUCUAUUAAAUGGUUUAUUGCCAGAA